AUGGCGGUGCUGCUGGAGACCACGCUGGGGGACCUGGUGGUGGACUUGUACGCCCAGGAGAGGCCGCGAGCCUGCCUGAAUUUUCUGAAGCUCUGCAAAAUCAAGUACUACAAUUACUGUCUUAUACACAAUGUACAGAGAGAUUUCAUCAUACAAACUGGUGAUCCACAGGGGACUGGCCGUGGAGGCGAAUCCAUUUUUUGCAAAUUAUAUGGGGAUCAAGCUAGAUACUUUGAAUCAGAAAAAGUGCCAAGAAUUAAACACAAGAAAAAAGGAACUGUGUCAAUGGUGAACAACGGCAGUGACCAACAUGGAUCUCAGUUUCUUAUUACAACUGCAGAAAACUUAGAUUACCUGGAUGGUGUGCAUACGGUGUUUGGUGAAGUUACAGAAGGCAUGGAUGUACUGACGAAAAUUAAUGAGACCUUUGUUGACAAAGAUUUUGUUCCAUAUCAAGAUAUCAGGAUAAACCAUACAGUGAUCUUAGAUGAUCCAUUUGAUGACCCAGCUGGUUUGGCAAUACCAGAUUGUUCACCAGAGCCUACAAAGGAACAGUUGGAUAGUGGGAGAAUAGGAGCUGAUGAGGAAAUCGAUGACUUCAAGGGACGGUCUGUUGAUGAAGUGGAGGAAAUUCUGGCAGAGAAAGAGGCAAAAACUCAGGCUAUUCUUUUGGAAAUGGUAGGAGACUUGCCUGAUGCAGAUAUCAAACCACCCGAAAAUGUGCUUUUUGUCUGCAAACUUAAUCCUGUGACAACAGAUGAAGACCUUGAAAUCAUAUUUUCUCGCUUUGGGCCAAUCAAAAGCUGCGAAGUGAUUCGAGACUGGAAGACAGGUGAAUCCCUGUGCUAUGCUUUCAUUGAGUUUGAAAAGGAGGAAGAUUGUGAGAAAGCUUACUUUAAAAUGGAUAAUGUGCUGAUAGAUGACAGGCGGAUACAUGUGGAUUUUAGCCAAUCUGUUGCAAAGAUAAAAUGGAAAGGAAAAGGUGGGAAGUAUACCAAGGAGGAUUUCAAAGAUUAUGAAAAAGAGCAUGACAAAAUGUCUAAGUUAAGCCUGAAGGAGAAGGCAAAGCCCAAGCAAGAUACUAGAUAUGACCUUGUAUUGGGGGAUGAAGAAGAAGAAGGAUCCAAAACAGGUCACAGGCACUCUGAUAAGAAGAAGAAGAAACACUACCAUUCAGAUGAUGACGAAAAUGGAAAGAGGAGCAAGCACCCUAAGGACCCAGAGCGAAGGCACAAAGAUGACUCAAGCCGAGAUAAAAGGAAAAGUGACAAGCGAGAGCGCCAUAGAAGCCGAAGUCGCAGCCGGUCACGGGACAGAGACGACCACUACCGAAAGUAUAAAGACAAGCUCUACGAGGAGCCCCGGGAAAGGGAGCAUGAAGACAAGAGGGGAGCCAGAAGCCCUAAGAAGUCCAAAGAUAAAGAGAAGUCCAAGUACAGAUGAAA